AAGGUGGGCAGACAAAGUCCAAGCCAAGGAAGCACGAGAUGUGUCUGAUCUGUUUGAGCUGCAUGUCUGACUGAUUUUCUUAUUGCGACUGUUGCUGUUCCAUAUUCCAUUGGAAUGACCUUUCGUGGUCGGCGGCAGCCCACCCGACGCCACACAGAAUGGCGACACACACCACAAAGCAUCAAGCCCCAGGAUCCAUGAACGUCAAGCUAUUCUCCAUCUCUUUCUCUGCCUCGUCGUGUCAUACAGUUGGCGUAGCAGAGAGAUCAGACGCCAUAACUACACCGCCGUCCAGGGCUCCUGCCUAUCACAUUCAUCUCACAACGGUUCAGUCAGGAUUGAACCAAGUUUAAAAAGAUGGCUUGGUCGUACAGAUAUCAAUCAAGGAAGCACCCCAGGGCGCAACCCAUGUUCGAGAGGGUGACAUGGCGUGGUCCAGGUCACUCAAACGAGACAUGGUCGUCACACACAAAAUUGGCGUUUUGGCGUAAGGCGGGCUGUGAUUGUUCGGCCGGUAGCCAGGCGCUGCAGCAUGGUGCUGCAGUGAGGGCCUUAGCGCCCGUGAGCCUGGGUACGGUGUGGAGGCGCCCCGCUAUAAAACACACCCACGCCCUGUGCCUGCCCUGCAUGGGCUUAGCUGGGCCGGGCACGCCCGCAGCCUGUCGUGCACCGCCUGGCUUUAAAACGGCCGUUGUUCCACUCUUAGAACCUUCUUGGGACAGCAACCCUAUCUGGAAUCGUUCGUUUGUUGAGCCAUGUUGCAUCUCAAGGACGGAACACACUGAAAUAGUACUGGCAAAGUUCAAGCUUCAUACCGACCACAUUGGCAGCGCGCCUUCCCUACUCUAUCCACGCUCGAUCGACAGUGCACUUUCGAACUUCCCCGCCAAUUCUCAUUCCUCCCUCCCCCUCUUUCGUCCUCCUCCGUCCGGUCCCAUCGAUCAACUCCACAUUCGACUCCGCCAGGGACCUGAUCGGUUUGAGAACAACAAGAGGGGGAUCUGAGGUGCUUUUGUAUUGCCGGUGAAGGAGCGGAGGUCUCUUUUGUGCACUUGACCGAUCAAGAACCAAGCACGAAUCACAGACCCCCGAAUCGACACGCACGUUGCAUGGUCCGGAGCCCUGGGCGGCAUUGGCUGGGUCGGCGCCUUUGCUCAGUCGGUUGCUCCGCCCAGAUGAAGCGACGGUACCUCGAUGGCUGAGUGUUUGAUAAACAUCUGAUAUCAGGACUGCGGCGACGACGACGAAAACCACAGCGAGGACGACUUCCAUGAU